AUGGGGGGGUCCCAGAGUGCGUGUGGACGCGGCCUGCUUGGGCUGUCCUCGGGCCGGUCGGACGGAGGGCCAGCUCAGUCUCCGGCCGCACCCCGCCUUUCCUCGCAGUGGCUCGUGGGCUUUAGCGUCUUCCUGUUCCCCGGAGCUGCGUUUUCGCUGCGGAGCCGAUACCGCCCACAGCACAUCUUCUUCGGCGCCGCCAUCUUCCUCCUGUCUGUGGGCACAGCCCUGCUGGGCCUGAAGGAGGCGCUGCUGUUUAAGCUCGGGGCCAAGUACAGCACGUUUGAGGCUGAGGGUGUCCUGGCCAACGUGCUGGGCUUGCUGCUGGUCGGCUUCGGGGGGACUGUGCUCUACAUCUUGACUCGCUCUGACUGGAAGCGGCCACCCCAGGCGGAAGAACAAGCUCUCUCCAUGGACUUCAAGACGCUGACAGAAGGCGACAGCCCCAGCUCCCAGUGACGGCCUGCCCUUGUCCCGCGGGGAGGGCCUGGCUGUGGCUGGCGUCAGUUCUGGGGGGUUUGGAUAGGCGUCUUUCCCACGCUCCGUCGAGGCUGUCUUUAGGCUCAGCGGCUCCUGGGAGGGCUGGGCAGUGUGGAUAGGGAGCGUGGGGGCAGCGUUCCCCUUGGAGCGCUCAUUUCUGGGGUGUAGGGCUUGGCUUCCUCUGCUUUCCCUCCUUGUUGCUGCUUUAGAGUCCUGUUAGUCAUGCACAGACCCCUGCCCCUGUUGUCAUCGUCACCCCUUCAAAUCAAGCAGCUUUGGGUCGGGUUUUGGGUGGUCAGUCCUGGUUACAAAAGCACAGAUCCUUCAAGAAGACGUAGAGUGGCUCUCUCCUCUUGAGGCAGCGGAUGCUGGGCCGAGGCCAGGGGCUGCAAAGAGCACAAAGCUGUGGGAGAGAAACUGGGGCUUAGUGACAGGCCUGGCAAGGCCGAGACUUGCUUUGUGUUAACACUGAAUUCAAACCAGGAGUCUCGCUAGUCUGAACAACACGCGGUGAGAAUGGGGCCCGGCCUUGGCAGGGAGCAAGUGAUAUUAUGUAUAAACUAUGUCGGUGUUCAGAGCAGGGUUCCCCAGGAGCGGGGAGGGACUGGCCCCGGGGAAGCUGCGGAGAUGGGGCUUUGGGCCAGCCCCAGGGCGGCCCUGCCGGGAGAGGGACGGACCACGGGCCCCAGACUACCGGUACUUGCCGGCUGAGGGCCACAGAGAGCAGGAGAUGGGCCGGGCGGGUCUACUCGUGCUGGGGCCCUCCCGCCAGUCGCCUCCGGGGUCCCCGCCCUCACCAGCCGGGCUGGCUGUGACCUGAGGCCCGGGGGGCUGCAGCCUUGCUCUGCUUUGUUUUGUUUUGAAGCGGAAAGCUGCUGCUGCCGCUGCCCCGGUCCCUUCCAGCGCCGAAGGCAGGGCCGCUGGCUUCUGUGCAGGAGGAAGACCUCAGCCUCCUCCCCGGCCCGGCCGUGUGGGCAGCUGGGGCCAUGUGCUCCGUGUGCCCGACUCGCUCUUGGGCUUUGGCCUGGAAGCGAUGUGAUCAGAGCAUUGACCUUGUGCUUCUUGGACUUGGUGAAUGCUCUCUUCCUGUUUUCCUCGUGUUCUGGGCUUUGAGGAACAUGACACAGUUUGAGACAGACACCGUUUCCUUAAAUGAAGAAAUGCAGGAGAUUUCCCGGCCUGACCACUGUUCUCUUGACGGUCGCCUUUGCCUCACCUCAGUGCUGCCUUAGAGAAAGGGGCCGGCCCCCUCUCGUGCUCUGCUCCUGCUCGGGUUUCUAACACAAGCCUUGGGCCCUGGGCCCUGGCAUGGUGGCGGCUCAGUCCCGCCCCCCCGCCCCAGCGCCCCCGUCCUGCUGCAGCUUGCCCGGGGCGCUGUGUGCCGGGCCCAGCGCCCCGGCCGCUCUUCCACCGCCUGGCACACGCUGUAUGGCCAGACGCCCCCUCGGACAGACUCCCGAGGUACAGUUGUGCAUCUCCCUGGCCAGGACGCCACAGAGAGGGACGGAAUCUUGGAUUUGCGGUACAAAUCUGUAAACCGGUCUGUCUGCCCAAGUGGCUGUCGGAUGAUGCUGGAGGCCCCUGAGAGCUGCCCACGGUGGUUUAUUUUACUUUGCCUGUGGCCAGUCCUCUGUGAAGUACAGCGUAGUGCGGGCGCAGUAGAUGGUUCAGUAAAUGUCUACCGCAGACCUCGGGCCUGUUAGCCUCACUUGCUGUGGCGACAAAAGGGGCCGCUGCUCCCAGCGGUCAGACACUCAGGUCAGUUCUGGGCUCACACCCCUGGCGGGGCGCAGGGGGUGAAGUGAGGGGUGCUGUUGCGCCACAGGCUGGGCGAGGGCCCGCGGGCCGUUCAAGCUUUGCACCCAGCGGGGGAGACCGCCUUCUCUCAGCCCAGAGAGUGGCCUGGAGGGUGGAGGCCAAUAAGGGCCUUGGCCAGAAGUUCUCCCCAGUAGUCACUUAACUUUUUACCUUUUAAAAAUAUGUCUCUUUAGUCCUUAAGAGGAGGAGCAAAACUUUUGAGAACAAGCGGAGAUUCCACUUGAGAGCCAUUCCCGAGGCUCAGGCAGGAGGCGUGUUUAUGGUGAAGUCAGGCGGGCUUUCACACGGGGACAGGGACCAGGGACAGGGACCAGGGACGCUCUCUAUGCUCCAGAAAAGCACCUUCCCUGAAAACACUAUUUAAAGGGACCCCACAGUAAAUCCUCUGAUACCUAAUCCUCGGUAACACGAAUCCUCCCUGACACUUAACUUUUUCUCCAUAUUCUUGAGGGGUCUUUGCUUUCUGCAUCUGUACAGUCUUUCUCCUGAAUCGAGGCUUCUGUGUGAACCUCCAUUUGCUUAAAAGCAUGCAAAGCACGUGGCUUGGUAACAGGUCACGAGCUGAUGGCUCCGUCAGGAUCGCGGCUGGCUCUCAGCGUGAGGGCAGAAGGCCCUGGACCCCGACUUCUGUGCUCGCCUCUGCAUCAAGGGUCUCCGUGUUUGGAAAUAGUGAAAUGAUCCCAGACACGAAGGGGAUGCCUCUCUCCUUCACCUGCUCAGGAUGUCCCUCACCUGACUGGGUUUGGGACCCCUUGAGGUCUCAGAGUUUUCAGACCAAGCAGGUGGUUCCUUCCAGAGUCCUCUCCUCUUUGAAGGGAACUCUGGCAUCCAGGCCGGGAUGACUGCGUGCCUGCAGUUUUCCUGCAUCCCCGGCCUUGGCUGUUCGGGGGAAAUGGAUGUAGUCCCAGAACAGGGAUGUUUGUUCACAGCGUGGCGUCCAGAGGAAGCAGUCUCCUUCCUUGCUUGUCCCUGCCGUGGACAGACAGGGACCAGUGAGGCAGGAAAGGCUGCAGGACUCUGUGCCGGCCGCUUUUUAAAAACAAGGUAUCGAGGGGUGCCUGGGUGGCUCAGAUGGUUAAGCGUCUGCCUUCGGCUCAGGUCAUGA